GUGUAUUAAUUGUUGUACUGGUGGUUACUAGCAGGUUAGUGCAUCAGAUAAACAUUGCUUACAGCGUGUAAGUAUAAAAAAGGAGACUUGAGUCGGGAUCUUUGGACAAAUAUUGAUUUGCUGUUUCCUUAAUUCUACAGACUGAUUGGGUGUGUUUUGUUUUGGUAUAGUGAGUCAUGUCAUCAAACAAACAUAAUGUCAACCACCUCUGUACCAGCCUAUACUGUACUAGGAGUGCAAGCAAUCUGAACCAGCUACGCAGCUAUCCUCAGCCUUCUGUCAUUUAAGACGGGCGGGCGGUGUACCACUUCUGAAUGACGCAUUCUUUUUUCCGUCAUGAUUUGCUGAACUUUGCUUCUUUAAAGAGCCGCCGCUGUCUCCCUUUGAACUUUGAAAGAUUCCAUCAAGAUGACCUGAGUAGAAGAUUUCCUUGAGAGAGAAUUCCUAGGAUUAUCAAGGAUCUAACUGACAACAGUUCAGCAGCUGCCUCUGCUGCUGGUCAGCUGGCCAACACUAAAGCCCAUAGAAGCUGCCUUACAACCAACCUAGGGGUGGACAACACCAAAGCCCAUUGAAACUGCCUUAGUUACAGCUGGUCAAGACUAGAAUAUCUAUAUUUCAGCCAUUGGGAGUGUAUCCUUGCCAGUCGGAAGAAAAAUUGACCCCCUGAUAUUCUUUUAUGAUUGACAACAACAUCAACCAAUCACAUGUUGAGGAAGCUGCAGACCACACCCACCAGUUGCCAUGGGUAACGACCUCCACUGCUUGCGUCCCAAGAAUGGGAUGGCCGGUGGGUUGGAGCCUAACUGCUUCAAGGUCCGCAAUGUGAACGAGUCGGGUCACGUGGUCAAUAAGGGUUACCUAGAAGUGACACAGACUGAUCUCAUUCUUCACGUCGUCAAUGCCGAUCCUGUUAAAUGGCCGCUGAGAUGUCUUCGUCGCUAUGGUCACGAUACCAACCUCUUCUCGUUUGAGAGCGGGCGGAGAUGCGCUACUGGACCAGGUAUCUAUGCCUUCAAGAGUAAACACGCUAUAGAGAUCUUCCGCUUGGUCCAGGAGAAUGCACAGCAUACCGACGAGAACACCAGCUCAAACAACAACCCCAUCUCGAGGACAUCGCGCCAACGGAGCCUCAGCACAGAAACCGCCUUACCGCCGGGCCAAACCAUGAGUCGUGCAAGCUCCAACGCCUCGGGGAUGAACGGUGUAGCUCAUGGUGUCUCCAAUGGUGGUGUUUCACCUCAUCCCAGCGUUAGCUCGGACAUCUCGUAUGCGCCCCCGACCAGUCCUCGUCCCACGUAUUUCAACGUUGAUAGUAACAGUAGUUGUAGCCCGAGGAUUUCCCCUAUAUCUCCGACCAUGCAGUAUGUUAAUACAAUACCUUUUGGUGAUACCUGCAUCCCGGAAUCUCCUCUUGAAGCGACCCAUGAGGACUCUCUUAUGGCUGAUGGUGGUCAGGGAGACACAAGUCAGGAUAGCUUUGGUGAUCCUGCCCUCAAUUAUGCAAGAUUGAAGCUACCAUCAGAUGAAGACCAAACCAAGGUGGAGAAGGACAAAGACAAGGUCAGAGGGGAGAAGGACGAUGACAAGGUCAAAGGAGACGAGGGCAAAGACAAUGCCAGAGGGGAGAAGGACGAUGAGAAGGUCAAAGCAGAGAAGGACAUUGACAGGGUCAUGGGGAAGAAUGGUGAAGGCAGGGUACCACUGGUGGAUCUUGACUCCGAGGGACAGGAUGGAGGUGAAGGAGAGACAGAAGAACCAAAGAAAACAGAGGAGGAGAAGAUGAAUGAAGGAGUGUGUGAAGGGAAGGAGAAUCCAGAAAGAACAUUGCUUGGAAUCCUUGAUGAUGAGGGUCAAAGUAAGGAUCGCUCACAAGAUGUCCCUGAUGGUUUGAUAAACCAUACGGAUGGCAACACCAAAGAUGAGUUGGACAAAGUAUCUUCUACAUUCAAUGAUUUCAAAGACGAUGAUGAUCCUUCCAAGAAGGAAGUAGUUGAUGAUGGAAAGACCGAUGUUAGCCACGUCAUGGGCAGUGAGGGGAAAGACAAUACCAGGUUGAAAGUCAAGAAAAAUGGAAAGCGAGAGGUCAGUGAAAUGGAAACUACGGCUUUACUACAGGAUGUGGCAAAUGGCAACAUCCGUUUGAAAGAUCGCAGCAUGGAGUCAGAUUCCAAGUUAAACAUUCUUGUCAAUUAUGCAAAUCUAACAGAACAACAGCUCCAGGACGUUCUGCAGAAGCUGGAAAUGGGUCGCAACGAUAACAUAUCCCCCUGCACCGUAUGCUCCAAUUCAUCCAGUAACGCAAGCCAGCGCGUCUCACCGCUUUCCUACUAUGCAAAUUUAGACACGGCCGGUGAGCUCCCACCCAACUGGCAACCAAAUUUUCAGUUCUACCCGGAGCUCCGUACCCCUCGCAGCACGUCCAGUAAAGGGAGCACAGGAUCCGAAUUCACAUUUGAGCUCAACAGAGGGAGCUGUUCACCCGUAGAUCACAACUACGCCAAUUUGAACUCGUUGCCGGAGGUGCAGCCGAUGCGUCAUAGUCUUUCAGGAAGCAGCAGUGGGCCUAACGGAGCUGGGGGCUGGAUGGAAUUGCAGCCUCCACCUAAAGGCAAAAUGAACUACAUCCAGUUAGACUUUGAUGAAAAUGAUCAACCCAUUGUCCACAAUUUAAAAACCCUUCACCGGUCCAUGAGCUCCAGCACCACGCCGCCCAAAACACCAGUAUCGACUCCCACAGAAAGCGCCAUACCAGGGACUAAGACAGAUAUCUAUGCCAGAAUAGAUAUAGAAAAGACUGUAGCGCUCGCGAAUUCUCACAGGCACGUGGAAGGAGACCCGGAUAUUUCAACACGAAGGACACGACAUGACGUAUGGACCGACAACAAAACACGAUGAUUUCAUUUGGAAAUCAUCCUGCCUAAAUUUUCAAUCCAUUUUUUUUAAUUUCCUAGUAACAUAUGGCCAAGUGCCUCUAAAUAAAAAUGGGAUUUUGAAAGAAUCUGGCUUUAUACAUUUUAUAUGGGAUUAGUAAUUGGAGCAAGUAUAAUAGAAUUCAACUCUUUAGACUGUUUUGAUAUGUCAUGAACAUGCACUGUCUUGUACAAAUCAUUAGAUCACCUUUACUUCUUCAAUGCUUGAUAUGUUGUAGCCAAGUAAAAUAUUGAAUGCAAAUUGGUACAUUUCCUCUUCGUCUACUAGCACUUGAUCUGCUUUACAUGUAGUUCUUCUACAAUCAGUGUGUCUAUUAUAAACUAUUUGCUAUUCGGUCUGAGAGCCGUUUAUCCCACUUUUACCUUCUUUGUCUAAUUUCCAGUAAGGCUAUGCCUAUUUUGUCUAAUACCGGGGGGGGGGGGGGCACUCAGUAUAUAAUGCGUGGUGGGUUUGUGCCACGGAGGGGACCCCCAUUUUUACACUCAAAUUUCCGUUCCAAGGCAUAGCAUUUUCAUCUUAUUGAGAAAAAGAACAAAGAAUGCUGCUCCAAAGCUUCGCAUAUUUUUUGUUAUGCCAUUCCGGCCGCAUUGAUUGGCUACAAUGAGCUGCAAUUUCGGUGGAAAGUGGCCGCAGAGCGCAGUUCGACCAUCGCCUCUGUGCGAGCGCAGUAGCGCACCAGUCGCUCAUGCCGCUGGCCUGGCUGCAUGCACGUAUGCCUGUUCCAUAGGGAUGGAGGCAACGUGCUCCAAGAACCCCCGUUUUCACAAACAUUUGUACUUCUGAUGUCCGUUCCGAGGACCUUCCUUUUUACAAAAAGCCCGCUCUAGGGCCCCCGUUUUUUGUCUCGCCCGUGGCACAUACGAUUAGACUAUUAAAUAAAUAUUAUAAACUUCAGUCACUUUAAGUACAAUUAAUGUAUUAUCUGCAUUCCAAAGAUACAUGUAUAUUGACCAUGGUUUUGUAUCACCUAUAAUGUCUUAAUUGGUAAAUAUUAGUGAAACUGCUUUGUCAAUAAAGUAAAGUUCUAAUUGUAUUUACCUCUAAUGAAAUGUGGUCACUCGUUCGAGUUAUUGCCAUAAGAGGUUAUUUUUCACUAUGUCAGUCUGUUGAAAUGAUCUGAAAGUUCUCAUCACAGAACUACAAAAUAACUUGGAAUAGGCCGAUUUCUGUUUGAAUUUUCAUCAUUUUGAAAACUUCAUUCGUUCAUGCAUUUUAUGUGACCAACACAUAUGACAUGGCCCUUUAAACCUGAAAUUAUUGAUGGGAGAAAAGUGGCUGAAAUACAUAUGCAAUAAAUUUGGACAAUUGAGAUUCUAUAUCUCAAGAAACAUUUUCCAGGGUUCUAUAUCUGACCUCACAAUGGUGAUUUAAACUGUGUAUUCACGUCAAUAGGAUAUUUAUUGAACAGGUUAUGAAGAACCAAACAU